AUGUACAAGCCUGCUCCACCUCGCCCAAAGAAGACGAGCAUCACCCGCACGCGAACGGGAUGCUGGGACUGCCGCAGGCGGCGUGUAAAGUGCGAUGAGAGGAAGCCUAGUCUGAUGCUGCAGGCCAAUCCCGCAGAUGCCGUCCAAUUUUAUUCCGCGGCAUGGGAUUGGCAGUGCAUCCCUCACCUUGCUUUGAUGCUUCGCACUACGGAUGAUGCGUCCCUUCUCCGUUCGUCACCCCUCUUUGUGGACAUGAUGGCUGCCGUGUCCGCAAGCCAUCUCAGCCGGACGUCACCCCAACCAAGGCUGCUCAUGCCCACGGACGGGCAAAACUUUCGACCGGAUCCAGCGCACGAAUCCGUCAGCCAGGAGUUCUAUGGCUCCGUCAUGAAGAAGAUGGCACGGUGGAGCGAGCAAGACUUUGGUGCCUACCCAAUCCUUGGCCUGGCUGUUCUCACUCUCUUCUGUCUCGUCGAAUCCUCCAUGGGCUCAUUCCAAGCCUUCGGACUGCAUUCCGACGGCGCGGCCAAGUUGAUUGAUAAUUUUGCUACAAACGCUCUUGCUCAGGAUGCCCAGGCGUGCGCGCUGCUGGGACCUCUGGUGGAGGUUCGGAUGCAGAUGUGGUGGCGCAGGGUGUAUUUUGGCACGCCCGGCUUUCAUAGACACCGGCCAAAAGUGUCGCUCGACCCUGAACUCAGCAGUCUGACGGGGUGCCAGUCCCGACGCUCGUCGAUACUCCUGAGGCUGUGCGAGUCACAUCGCAUCAACAAUGCGGCCAUUAUCGCACACUGGGACCGCUACUCCGACAAUCUUGUAGAAGCAAAGAGCGCAGGAAAUGUGCAGCCAAGAAUUGACCCGUUCGAACGGAUGUUCGGACAGGAGAAAGAAAGGCUUGAUUCUUGGUGCCAAAUCUAUUCCUUUUCUGGCGAAAUGGAACAUGUACAAGCCACUUUCUAUGCGACCUCGGCGACGCUCGAAGUGCAUCCGCUACGUAUGGUCUCCCACACCGAGGCCAUGGAUUUUGCUUACUAUGUUGCAUCGCGAGUGCUGCAAUGCCCGGGGCCCCUGGAUAGCUUGACUCUCCAUAACCCAGAGGAGAUACGCCGUUCGUACACUGAAGUGGAGUCCUGGAUUUGCCUUCUCCUGCGCGUCGUGGCUGGUAUGAAUUGGAAGGACUGUGUUCGUUACAACAUGUACACGAUUGGAAUCACGGGCGUGUUGCUCGCCUGUCUGCUGCGUUCGCACGAUCUCCGCAUUGGGCUAUGGUGCGAGACCUGGUUGCAGGGCUGUUUGGAUGGUAGCAGUUUUGAGGAAGGGAGCUUCCCGGCUUUCCAGACGAUGAGCAUCAUACGCCUAAUCAAUAAAGAGCACAGCAAUGGGCGCGAUGUGUUUGGUCUCUUUCAGACGGUUGAAGACGGUGGUGGUUCAGGAAAAUUCGGCUCAUAUCAAAGCCAGGCCCUGUCGUCUUUGCUACUGUAUAGCAGGUGUAGGACGACAGGACGGCUGCUCUCACACUAUAUUUCUAUCUGA